CACGUCCGCCCUUUUCUCUCUGUACACUCCAUUUUGUCGCUCUGGCGAAAACAAUACAGCAACUGAAACCAUACCACAACAACCAUCAACGGUCGGUUUAGGAAAAGCAGAGAGAGAGAGAGUAGCAUAGCGCAUUGCAGAGAUAGAAAGAUAUAGAGAGGGAGUGAAAGGGACUUCUCUUCCGAUAUUUUCUCAAUUCUUGAAGCAAAGUAGCAAACGAUGACGUCCACUCACAUCUGUUGCUUCAGAUCUCUUCUUCUUCGAUCAUGCUAGGGUUUCGUCUUUUGUAUUUAUGACGACGAUGUCCUAGAGAGAGACACAAAUACAGACACCACUAUACAUUCAGUUUAGAAUCAAUUUCGCAACAAUAUGGUGGUUUCUGGACCUAUAACACCAGGACAGGUGUCUUUCUUGCUUGGAUUUAUCCCUAUUUUCAUUGCAUGGAUAUAUUCGGAGUUGUUAGAAUAUAAGAAGCCUCCAUCUCCAUCUAAAGUCAGUCAUUCAGACAGUAACCUAGCUGAAUUGGAAAAUAUGAAAAUCAGGGAAGAUGAUCGGGCUGCUAUGCUGGAAGGAGGCCUCACAAGAUCAGCAUCCACAAGGCUCUAUGCUUCAUCAAUUAAAGGAAACUUAAUUAGGUUUCUAAUAAUGGACGACUCCUUUUUGCUAGAGAAUCGGGCAACUUUGAGAGCAAUGUCUGAGUUUGGGGCGAUUCUGGUAUAUUUCUAUAUAUGUGACCGCACAGAUUUACUUGCAGACUCUACUAAGAAAUACAAUCGCGAUCUUUUCCUAUUCCUCUACAUUCUUCUUGUCAUAGUUUCGGCAUUGACUUCUCUCAAGAAACAUCAUGACAAGUCAACAUUUUCUGGAAAAUCCAUACUUUACCUUAAUCGGCAUCAGACAGAGGAGUGGAAAGGAUGGAUGCAGGUCCUCUUUUUAAUGUAUCAUUACUUUGCUGCAACGGAGUUGUACAAUGCAAUACGGGUUUUUAUAGCUGCAUAUGUUUGGAUGACUGGAUUUGGAAACUUUUCCUAUUAUUACAUUCGAAAGGAUUUUAGCGUUGCUAGGUUUGCUCAGAUGAUGUGGCGGCUAAAUUUUUUAGUGGCAUUUUGUUGCAUUGUUCUUAAGAACGACUAUAUGUUGUACUAUAUCUGCCCAAUGCACACGCUUUUCACUGUUAUGGUUUAUGGAGCCCUUGGAAUUCUCAACAAGUAUAAUGAGAUAAGAUCAGUGAUGGCUGCAAAGAUUUUCACUUGCUUUCUUGUGGUUAUUGCAAUUUGGGAAAUUCCUGGAACGUUUGACAUUUUAUGGGCCCCUUUGGCAUUCCUGUUAGGGUACACCGAUCCUUUAAAGCCAGAUCUCCCUCGAUUACAUGAAUGGCAUUUCAGAUCUGGGCUUGAUCGCUAUAUAUGGAUUAUCGGGAUGAUAUAUGCUUAUUUUCACCCCAAUGUUGAGAAGUGGAUGGAGAAAUUGGAGGAAUCUGAAACCAGGCGGCGACGCAUAAUCAAAACGUGCGUUGUCCUGGUUUCCUCAUCUGUUGGGUAUUUGUGGUAUGAAUUUAUAUACAAGCUGGACAAGGUUACAUACAACAAGUUCCAUCCCUACACAUCAUGGAUACCUAUCACUGUUUGCAUUUGCUUGCGGAAUUUCACUCAGCAAUUACGGAGUUUCUCAUUGACUCUCUUUGCGUGGCUCGGCAAGGUCACUUUGGAGACCUAUAUUUCCCAGUUCCACAUCUGGCUGAGAUCAAGUGUACCUAACGGACAGCCUAAGUGGCUUCUCUCUCUUAUCCCAGAAUAUCCUAUGCUCAACUUCAUGCUCACAACUGCGAUUUAUAUCUUGAUAUCCCAUAGGCUCUUUGAACUAACCAACUCACUUAAGGCACUUUUUAUACCUACAAGAGACAACAGGCGGUUGCUAUACAAUAUUCUUGCCGGGACUGCAAUUUCAGUCAGUUUGUAUUGCAUCUCAUGCAUUCUUGUUCUGAUCUCUUACUAACCAUUUUCUUACUUCUAUCCUAUCAAUGGAUCAACUGUGGUAGAACGAUGGCAAGGAAUUGGAUUUUGGAUGCCAAUAAUGAUGCCUGACAAAUCAGAGGCUUCUUAACGAUUGUUAAAAAGAGAUUUUCCCGUUAGUCAUACAAAAGGAAUGUAGACAGAGUAAAGUAAUAGGAAUUGGAAGGUUUUUCUUGAGAAUUCUUCAUGGAAGCUGGUGUUGCCUACAAUAGUGAGGAAACACACUCUCCAUUGCUGCAAAAUGACGUUCUAUCUGCUUCGGGAAGUUCGGCGGAGGACAAAGAUGGCAGCUGGAUUAGGAUCUUUUUUGUAGUACUGUAAAGUGAUACAUCAUUUCUCUCUCUCAUUAAUAUCCUUUCGUUGUUAAUCAAUGAUGAGAAAAUGUAAUCAUACAUUUAGCGGAAAAAAACAAUGAAGAAAAUGUAGUCAUACGUGAGAUCAAUAUGUUUUGUGUGUAAAUUCUGCAAGUUUGCACUUUGUUAUGUUUAAACUUUUUUAGCAAUUGGUAGUUCAAUAAAUCUCAA